AGACCUCCCAUCAUGCAGCACUACGGGGUGAACGGUUACUCCCUGCACGCCAUGAACUCCCUCAGCGCCAUGUAUAACCUGCACCAGCAGGCCGCUCAACAGGCGCAGCACGCGCCCGACUACCGGCCUUCCGUGCACGCGCUCACGCUAGCUGAAAGACUAGCUGACAUCAUCCUGGAGGCACGCUACGGCUCCCAGCAUCGUAAACAACGCCGGAGCCGCACGGCGUUCACGGCUCAGCAGCUGGAAGCUCUGGAGAAGACCUUCCAGAAGACCCACUACCCGGACGUUGUGAUGAGGGAGCGGCUCGCCAUGUGCACCAACCUGCCCGAGGCUCGGGUUCAGGUCUGGUUCAAAAACCGCAGAGCAAAGUUCCGUAAGAAGCAGCGCAGUCUGCAGAAGGAGCAGCUGCAGAAGCAGAAGGACGGGUCAGCGGAAGGAGGAAGCGAGAAGGACGAGGCGCCUCCUGCAGCCACUAUCCUUCCUGACACCCAGCUGCCUCCUUCCUCCUCCUCUCCUUCCUCCUCCUCCUUGGAAACGGAGGUCCCCAUGGUCCGGAACCUUCCUCUGGACAUGGAGCUGAACGUGACCUCGGCGGAGCAUUCAGGCAGCGACUCUGCAACGGAGGACAACGCCACGGAUAAGGAGGACGAGCCUAAAUGUGGCAGAGAGGAGCUGAAGUGUGAGACCCCGGGCGACCCCCACCCCGUCUGUAAAAGGCUCAGCCCCAAACCAGAUUCUCCGCUGGUCUCCCCCUCGGUGACGCCGUCCUCCUCCUCCAGCCUGGCGAACACGGCGGCUCUCUCUCAGAGCCACUCCUACUCCUCCUCCCCCCUCAGCCUGUUCCGCCUGCAGGAGCAGUUCCGCCAGCACAUGGCUGCCACCAACAACCUGGUGCCCUACCCGGCGGCCUUUGACCUGGCCGCUCCGUCGUCGCUGCCUUACCUGGGAAUGAACGUGAACAUGCCGCCGGCGCCGCUGGGCUCUCUGCCCUGUCAGUCCUACUACCAGUCGCUGUCCCAUCACGCCCAGCAGGUGUGGAACAGCCCGCUGCUGCAGGCCUCAGCCGCAGGAGGACUCGCCAGCCACAACCCCAAAACCACGAGCAUCGAGAACCUCCGUCUGAGAGCCAAGCAGCACGCCGCCUCGCUGGGACUGGACAACGCCGUGUGAACGAGCCUUCGGAGGACUUUGUAAAUAAGGCGAGAGACUCGACCUUCACCGCAGGCACUCAUCUGCUCCACGUCUGCAGAGCUGCAGCAACCUGCGCUUCCAGGAGAAAGUCUGUCCUGAUGAGAAAACACUUAAAGGGGAACUUUUAGAUGACUGAGGUUCGAUUAAACAAACGAUUAGCAGUUAAUAUCUGACCUGCAGGACAAAUUAGACACUUUGAAUCAUCAGCUCUAAUGGCGUCAGAUAUAGAAUUUUAUAUUUACCCACAACAUGAACUUUGAUGCACUUCUUAAAAGUUAUUCUGAGUAAAGAUCAUCAGAAUUAGCUUCUUAGACCUUAAAAUAAACCAGAAAACAACAGAAAGAGGCU